GGUGGUGCGGUCCACACGGCGGCGCACAGCGGAGGCUGCUGAGGGUGUCGUCCAAAAACGUGCCGACUUAUUGGACAGGCCUGCGUGUUGUUGCUAGGGGCGUGGGCUGUGAAAUAUCCCACUUUCCUCAAACCUCAGAGAGAUGAUUUUCUUUUACCAAGACAUCAGCAUCCGCAUGAGCCGUACAUGAGCAGAGAGAUGCGCUGAUGAUGUGAGACGCCUCCUCCGACCUGAGGGAAACCGUGGCGCAGUGAGCGUAAUCUGAUAAGCGCCCGUGUCCAUCCUGCACAGGACAGCACUCAUCUGCAGGGAUACAAGAGAAACAGCUACGUGCGGAUAGUUGGAGGAACAAUGCAGAGAUGCUGAGGUCACACUUCACGGAGGCGAUUCAGGGUUUCACCCGGAACACCUGCCUCGUUUGCACCAGCCAGAGCCCGGGUCGAUGAGCGCGCAGAGGGGAUGACAGCUGCGCACUUGGCCGUCCCGUGAUGUGUCUUUGGAAGGAUUAAUGCGUCCUGGCCUGUCCGCUGUGAGGCCGGUGAUCUGUCUGCGGAACCGAUCACAUGUUUUUAUAGGAGAGGGGACAUUAUGCAAUGUGGAGGAAACACGUCCAUAGGUUAAACUGCCAACGACAACAGGCUCAACUUGGACAGCUCUGUGCAGGACUGCAGCAGUGAGGUGGCAGCAAGGAGGUGGCGCGCAUCCUCCUCCGAGCUGGAAACAUUUAGUCGGGAUGUUUAGUGUGCAGAACAAAUUCAAGACGUAAGGCCACAACACCCUGCGCCGGCGAACUGCGUCACUGCAUGCGAGUGUUGCAGGAAGCCAGUAAACUCCCCCUGCGCCGCCGGGAGGCAGAGGAGCAUGCCCAUCACCCUCCUCCCUGUCACCGGUAAGUGUCUCACUAGUUACCGGGCAUGGAUCAGCCGGAUGACUCAAGUAGAGAUCCGCCCCUGGGCUCCACAUUCUCCUCAGCACCAAAUCUAGACUCGGACAUAAACGCAAAUGCCUGCAGGCCUGUCUAUGAGAACGGGACGGACCACAAUGUCAACAUCCAGAGCGCAGCCCUGCGAGGAGCCAGCGACCCCAGCGCGUACCCCUCCACGGACUACCGGGGGCUCAUCCGCCAGAGGUUCAUCCGGAGGAGUCUGUGGGUGUCGGACUCCGAGGAGCAGCAGCCGGUGGUGGACACGCCGGAGUGUGUCAACAGCAGCCCGGUGCUCAACAUCGACCUGCGGACCAUCGUGGAUCGGAGUCGGACCCGGGUCCUCCAAGGGACCCGCCUGGGGCUCCAGGAGACGUCCAGCACGGAGAGCCAGGCGGGGCUGAAGGAGAGCGCCACGGAGAGCGUGAGCGCGGACGAGGAGAAGGUGGACGGCAGCAAACCCGAGCCCAAGGCCGAGGUGGUCGUGCCCUCCGACGUCACAGGUAAAGCGGGAAGUGAUGAGAACGAAGAGGAGCCCGGGAUGAAGGCCGUGUCCACCUCACCUGGGGGCCGCUUCCUCAAGUUUGACAUUGAGCUGGGCAGAGGGUCCUUCAAGACCGUCUACAAGGGUCUGGACACCGACACCUGGGUGGAAGUGGCCUGGUGUGAACUCCAGGAAAGGAAACUGUCUAAAGUUGAGAGACAGCGGUUCAAGGAGGAGGCUGAGAUGUUAAAGGCUCUGCAGCAUCCCAACAUUGUGCGGUUUUAUGACUUCUGGGAAUCACCGGUGAAAGGGAAGAAGUGUAUCGUUCUGGUGACAGAGCUAAUGACCUCAGGGACACUAAAAACGUAUCUGAAGCGCUUCAAGGUGAUGAAACCUAAAGUUCUUAGGAGCUGGUGCAGACAGAUUCUCAAAGGCCUCCACUUCCUCCACACAAGGACUCCUCCAAUCAUCCAUCGAGACCUCAAGUGCGACAACAUCUUCAUCACUGGCCCCACAGGCUCUGUCAAAAUAGGAGAUCUCGGCCUGGCAACACUAAAGAGGGCCUCCUUCGCUAAAAGUGUCAUUGGCACUCCUGAGUUCAUGGCCCCGGAGAUGUAUGAGGAGCACUAUGACGAGGCUGUGGAUGUCUAUGCCUUUGGGAUGUGCAUGCUGGAGAUGGCCACUUCGGAAUACCCGUACUCUGAGUGUCAGAAUGCUGCACAGAUCUACCGCAAAGUCACCAGUGGGGUGAAACCUGCUAGCUACGGUAAAGUCAGCGACCCUGAAAUGAAGGAAAUUAUCGGGGAGUGUAUCCGUCACAGAUGGGAAGAAAGGUACUCCAUCAAGGACCUCCUGAAUCAUGCCUUCUUUGCAGAGGAUACAGGUGUGAGGGUGGAGCUCAAUGAGGAAGACGAUGGGAAGAAAUCAUCUAUUGCUCUGAAGCUGUGGGUGGAGGAUCCUAAAAAGCUGAAGGGAAAAUACAAGGACACUGGUGCUAUUGAGUUCACAUUUGACUUGGUGAACGAGGUCCCAGAGGUCGUCGCCCAAGAAAUGGUUGAAUCAGGUUUUUUUCUGGACUGCGACGUCAAGAUAGUCGGGAAGUCAAUCCGAGACCGCGUGGCUCUCCUCAAUUGGAAGAGGGAGCGCACUGUCUCGACAGGAAAUGGUGAGACGCAGCAGAACCUUCUGCAGGUGCCCAGUACUGGUGUACCACAGGGAGCCACAUUAGCCACAGCAGAUAAUGAAGACCAAGAGGGGGAGCAGCAGACACUCAUCUGCACUGUGCCAACCACCACAUCUACUACAUCUGACAGUGGAGGGAGCUCUAUCAUGCAGUUAGACGACCUAAACAAUCAGCAAAACAGGCCCUACCAGUCUCCUCCGGAGCCCGUCUCCACGGCUCACAUGAUUUACAGUCCUCCUGCACAGGCCGACCCUCACCUGUACCAGGGGCCCUACCAGCAACCCACAGCACAGGCCCCACUUGACAACUACACACAAGCAUCCACACAGUUACAUCAGGGAGGCUAUCCACAGAGCACAUGUCAACUGCAUCCUGGGGCUUAUCAGCAAACUGCAGCACAGACCUAUCAGUCUCAAACACAUCACGGCAGUGAUCCCUUUGUAUGCCAUAACCACCUGCUCAUCAGUGAGAGCCCAGUGUGUUUUAGGCGUGGAAGCUCCUCCCUGGUUGAGAUGUUGCGGUGUCGGACGCACCCUCUCACUAAGACAAGCCCCUUCCUAUGUCCGUCACUGGAUCUGGUUUCGCCAAAAAGCGCAGAGAGCUCAGUGCAUGCCACAGAUCACCUGUUCUCUAACUCUGCUCAGAAUCCGUCGGUAUUAUCUCCUCUCUUGUCCGCCCAUCAUGACUCAGCAAGACAUUUUAAUUCACCUCUCCUUCCCCUGAAUUUACAGCCUCCCUCAGAGCUGGGUUCGAGCGCCCCCCGCAGCCCGCAGCCCGACCGCCACUGCAAGGCUUGCAUGUCUCUCCUCCUGAGAGACAGGACGAAGGGAGGCGGAUCUCUGGGACACACACACAUACGUUCCUUCUCUGCAUCCACACAGUUUACUCCAGUGUCUAAGCCAGGCUCACACACAUCUCACCUGUCAAAGUCUCCUCCCGUCACUUUACCUCCGCCUUAUGCAUCGCCCUCUCUCUCACCUUCAAGCAGUCUCUCACCCCCGCUGACCUCACCUUCAAAUCUUCCUCUGCCCUCACAAGUUGCGCGGUCACGGAGUUUGUACGAAGGCGCAGAUCUCACUCUUCUCAACCACUGUCUCCAUCAUAUCGUCGGUCGCAGGACCAGCACUCCCACCCUCUCUGACCGAGUACUUAAUCAUCCGAUGGGCCCCACCUCCUCAGUAUUUGAGCGUGUAGACAAAAGUCAGAGCCUGGAGAUCCCACUACCACACUGUUGCCCAUAUCUGGACAGGAACAAGCUGUCAUUGCCACACAGCAACAGAGGCAGAGCGGAUCCACUGACAGUUUCUGCUCCAGCUACGCCAGCCCCGACUCUGCUCCAGACGAGACAGACAGCCCAGAGCUUCCCGGCUGCAGCCCCCAUUCUACAGACGCAACCUGGACAAGAGCAGUGUCAUCUUCAACCAGCUGCCGUCCUGCCGCAGUUUCCCUCACCAUAUCCUGUUGUUCAAACAGGGGGCCACAAGCCCCCUCCCUUCUCCCCAGCUCCUCUGCCAUCUGCCUACAGCAGCAGUGGCCUGUCUAUGUUGAGCACCUACUACUCACCUUCACCCCACUAUCCCUCCCUCCCUCUGACCCCUCAUGCUGUCAUGCCCACUAUUCCCACUCUAGGCACCCCUCAGACCCCUCUGUCCACACCCCAACACAUGCCUGUAGUGGCACUCCCAAUCCCACUCCUCACCAUGGUCAUGUCGCCUGCAGCGCCCCAGCAGCAGGGCGGCUUCCAUACCACCCAUCCCUUACCUCUCUCCCAGGUACGAACCACCCCAUACCCCGCCCCCCACCCUGAGCAGGAACUGGCUGAGCAGCCUGUCCAGGUACAGACGAACUUGGGAGACGUUCAGCUUCGGGCUCCAGUCCACCCUGUCUUGCAUGGUGUUCAGACUCCUCUCUGGGGAAUCGCAGCAGAUGCAGAAGCUACUGUACAUGCUGAAACUCAAACAGCACAACAACAAACACCAGUCCCAGUGUCAGGCCAAGCUGCAGCUAUACCCCAAACUCCAGCUUCAGUCCCAAUACAGGUUUCAAUAGCUCCUGCCUCGGCUCAAGCACCAGUCUAUGCACCAGGUCCCACUUUUGACCCAUCUCUUGACUCAUCUUCUGUCAUGGGUAAACCGCAUCACUCGGUCCCAGGUUUGGUCUUGGGCCCAAUCCCUUUCACCCUGCCAGUCCCAGGUAAAUCUGCAGCCCCAGCUUCUGCUCCAGCUUCAGCUCCUGUCGCAGCUUCAGGCUCUGCUCCAGUUCUGCAGCCUGCUGGCAUCCAGACGGCAGUGUCACUGCCUGAGUGUGCCAGCCUAGCCACGACUCAGCAAAACCUCGAAACAACAUUUGCAUCUAGCACCCUUCAACAAGAGGCCAGUGCUGAGGAUGUGCUUCAGGACAAACCAGUAUCUUUACCCAGCUAUGCGUAUGACAGUCUCAACUCUGAUGUGGCAUCUGGUAAGGAAACGAGCGAUGGCUAUGACAGCUUGGCCAGUGUGGGGAAGGGCGAUGGAAAACCCAGGAAACACCACCGCAAGUCUGCCUGAACACGUUCUCGCCAAGAAAAGACAAGCAAACCCAAACUAAGCAUGCUCAAUGUUUGCAACACUGGAGAUAAAAUGGUGGAAUGCCAGCUGGAGACUCACAAUCACAAAAUGGUGACGUUCAAAUUCGAUCUGGAUGGAGAUGCACCGGAGGAGAUUGCCACUUACAUGGUGGACAAUGGCUUUAUCCUACUCUUAGAGAAGGAGAUCUUCAUUGACCAGCUAAAGGACAUCGUGGAUAAAGCCGAGGACAUGCUGAGUGAAGAUAUAGAGGGUGAAAGAGCGUCAACCUUGAGUUGUAGUCCUCCACAAGGCCAGAUUUCUGAGGGGUUAGUGGGAGAGAGUCCGCAGCCUGGAGCACCUCAGCCUGUCUAUCAGCAGAAUGUUCUUCACACAGGGAAAAGAUGGUUCAUAAUCUGCCCUGUAGAGGAGACCCCCACAUCCAGCCAGGAGACCCCGUCUGAUGGCACGGCUACACAGUCUCCUGGGAGCUCAACCACUACCCAGCCUGCAGACUGCAGUGGCACUGCGAGGCCUUCCAGAGAAGACGGCUCAUCUUCGACAAUGUCCGGAGGAAGUGGAGGCUUCUCCUAUGACGUGUAUGGAUUCUGUAGUCCCCCAAUAAUGUCCAACACUGACCCACUUCUUUUCGCCACUCUGUCCCCUCCUGUGUCUGCUCCCCCAACCCUCCAGUCCGUAUCAUCAGUGGAGCCUGCUGGCAGCUCUGUGCCGCCCAGUGUGCAUCAGGCCCAGCCAGCAAGGGCUCAGAAUGUGCCCCCAUCAUCCACACAUGCGUCUUUCCCAGUCGAUGAGUCACAAGGAUCCCCUCUAGGACCCGUCUCCCCGAUCCACGCCGCUCGGCAGAUGCCUGACAUGAUGAGUCCUGUUUCUAUAGCUGAGGAGGUGCCCUGCUGCCCUCUGGUCAUGCCACUUUCUCUGGAUGUGAGCGGUUCACAGGGUGGGUCUCCCCUGACCCCACUUCCUCUCCAGCAGCCAGAUUCAGCCAAAGAGCCGCUGUCUGUCUCCUACGCCUCAGCAACACGAAGCGAGCGACCGCAGCAGCCUGUGGUGCUCCACCAGCCUUAUUCCAGCAUGGGAGGGACCAAAGUGUCCUCGCUACCCCAGAGCCCAGCGCCAUCCCAGCACGGUGCGGGGCCCGGUGAGUCAGAUGGCGAAGGACGGCUUGGCCGCGGGGGCUUUGUGGAUAGCACCAUAAAAACACUGGACGAGAAACUAAGGAACUUGCUAUACCAGGAAUAUGCCCCCAUGUACCCAUCAGGCAGUGCUGCAGAGACACCAGGCUCCUGCACUGAGUACAUCCAGUCUCCUCCUGGUCCAGACAGCGCCAUGGGAGGGUCGGGAAACAGCACGCCAGGGCCGAUGGGGGAGGGACGCUACAGGACAGGGGAACAGCUGCCUCAGAUUCCAGAGAGAAUGGACAGUUUGACCACACUGAGUGACUCAGCCGUGUGUGCUUCCAUGUCAAGGAGACACGUUCCUCACUCUGCCUCCUGCUCUGGAGCCAGAGGUCGAUUUAAGAUCAUUUCUGUUCCUCCUGAAGUGGCAAACAGACGAGAUGUGAAACAAAGGAGCUGGAGCAGCGCUGCCUCACCAGCACACCCAGUUAGAUACAGACAGGAACAUGUUCAGGCUGAGGCCAUGGUCACCUCCACCACAAUCGGACGUUUCUCUGUGGUUAGCACUGAAGACGACAUCACACAGAGUACACGCUUCAGCCGCUACUCUGCCCCGCCUGAUUUCUACCUGGACACGCCUCCUUCCAUGGCAAAGCGGGGCUCCCUGCCUCGUGCCCUGACCUCACCCUCCGUCCCUGUGGACGUCACUGUCCAUGCUCGGUUCCUCUCCUCAGACUCGGGGGCCGAGAGUAGCCCUGCGAAGCUGGCCCCUGCCACCCCAUCUCAGCGGACUCGCUCUGAGCGCAGAGGAAGUGACCUCAUGAAGAGGGCGGUGGCCUUCCUCCGUCGCUCAGGGCGCAGCAGCAGUGUGCAGAGCUCAGACUCACCAAGUAGGCAUGGAGGCGUGCAUGGCUCAGCCUGUGGCAGCAGCGAUAAUGACUCAGAGAUGGAUGACUCAGACAUGAAGAGGGAACUGCAGAGACUCAGGGAGAAACACCUUAGGGAGAUCUCUGAGCUGCAGGCCCAUCAGCGGGGAGAGGUGGAACUGCUAUAUAACCGGCUGGGCAAAGCGGCUCCUCCUGGCCUGGGUCUGUCUCACACUGCACCGCAUAACGGCCGUAGAAAGAGGUCGAGCAGGCACAAGCUGAAGCCUGGCAAACUUCUCAGCCCUCUGGUCCAACAGUUUAGAAAUGUCACAACAAAAAGUAGUGACUCCAGCAGAUCCGCUGCUGCUGCUGCUGCAGGCAUAGGUGAGCCUACACUGAGUUUAAAUGGCUCUCCAGCCAAAGGCUCUUUCCCCUCACAAGGCCGGGCACGGUCGUGCACGAGCCACAUUCCCAGCUCGACCUCAGAACCUGUGCAGACUCAGCAGCCUUGCUCCCUCAAGGGCUCUUUGUCUUCAGAUAAUAUUUACGCUGGACUACACGGAGACGGUACCAGCACACAAGUUCCACCUGCACAAGGCUGGUCUAAUUACCCUCAACCAUCUGAGAGAGUCACCUAUAAAUCCAGUAGCAAGCCACGAGCUAGAUUUCUCAGUGGGCCUGUGUCUUUGUCUAUCUGGACAACAUUGAAGAGACUGUGUAUUGGGAAAGACCGCGGCAGCAGGUCUGCAGCCGGAGCAGGCACCUUCAAUCAAUCACAGCAGCUGCCUGCCGGUGCCACUCCUCCACCUCCUCCUCAUCAGCCGGUGAUGGGACUGGCCCAGGCCCAGGCGAAUAACAGCAACAACAAGACAGGCACAUACACGGGCACCUCCACGAGGGAAAAAGAUCUGCCUGAAGACUUGCAGCGGCUGAUGGACGACUGGGCCCAGGAGGUUCUUAUCGUCACCCACAGGCCGCGCACCAACUCUCUGAGCAUCAGCGGGCAGCAGCUGUGGGAUCAGGUUGUGCAUCGAACACACAGACAACUGGCUAGUGCUUCAUAUGUAUCUUCAUGGACAGGACUUGGUCCAGAGGCCUGCACUCGGUCCCUGACAUGGCCGGACAGCCCCAGGUCAACGAUGACGACCAGCCCCUCCACAGGGCCCCAUCCCUGCUAUCAGCUACGCUCUCCCACUCCGUUCAGGGCCUUGUCCUCCUUCCCUCUUCCUUCAGGAGUUUUUGUCUUUCCUGUUGCGCCCUCAGCCCAGGACGCACCCAGCCCCACUGCAGCUCCAUCAUAUCAGCCGCCUGACCCCAAAGCCAGGACUCUUUAACCUGAGUAGCAUUGUGUCUUCCAACUCUUUUACCAAAAACAAAUCUGGUUAUAGUUCUAGUCAAUCUUAUGUGCAUAUACUGUAUAUAUCUAACCAGCAUGUAAGUUACCUUAUGUACAUACCCGUCGAAAGUUUUAUGUUGUUUCUAUGUUUCAUUUGCAUCAACAUACCUCAUGUGCAUACUGUACAUCACAUUUGUGUGCAGCGUGUUGGUAGUAGUACAUUUAAAGAUGUAUAGUUUGCUCAGUCAGGCUUUAAAGUGCGGAUUUCAGUCAGUGCUUACAUACCGUACGUCUCCACUCACUGUACAUAAUGUACUGUCCAUCCACGCUUUGUUUAUAUAAAUAUUUCAUGUUUAUGUUGCUCAUGUCCCUCCCUACAUAUAAGCUGACUCGUGUAUAUAUAUGAAUUCUUGUUUGUACAUAGCUCCUGUGUUUGUACAGUUAUCAUUAGGUAAUCAAUAGGUCGGUGCUGCAGCUACGUGUCUUAAUGCAACAACCUAUUAGUCACCAUCAUGCCGUCACUGUGAAGACUUGACUUCCUGGUCACUAGGGCCGGUUUGCUUUACUCUGUUCUCUCAGUCCAAGGACAGGUUUCAUUCUUCAUCGAUGAAAUGCUUCCAGCACAAGCGCUUGAAACUUGAUUUGAAUGAAUUUGAACUUUAUCUUCAGGUGUAAAAAAAAUAAAAAAACACCUGCGAGAGUGCCUUGAAUUGCAGUUUCAGUUUUCUGAAGAAAAGCAUUUAGAUUCAAAGCAGACACUAGAUAUUCCAUAUAUAUGCUUUCACCUCCAAAGGUUAAUUAAACGAUUUGAAUAACGAAUGUGGAUUUUAAAAAACCCAUUUAGUUUAGCGAUGGAACGUAAUAUAAUCAGGUCGUGGUUGCAGCUCAUCAAAUAUCACAGAUUGUAAGAAAAUGUUCAGAAAACAAGUUAGGUUAUUUAAAGACUGUAAGUUUUUCCUUGUUCACCGGAGUUAGUUUUGGUGGGAUUGCUCUGCCACCUGCACCACAGCCUGCAUGAAUACACUGAUAUUCUGAAUGUGCACAGGUAGAUGUGGUGAGUCACGGGAGGAUUUUACGGUAUUGAAAUCAUACGACAAGGAGGGCUGAAGGACUCGGCGCACGAGUCAAAAAUCAUAAUCAUCCCAUACCUCUACCAAUGCAGUCUGUAGCUUUAUACUGUAUAUCGUUGCCUUUGCGGUUUUUAAGAGAUUACUGUUUGGCUGGUGGCUGUUUGAUACAUGCUGAUGAUAUGAGGACGUUACAGGCACAGUCAUGAAGAAUGUGAACUAACGAGAGACCACAACUCUUUGUAAAAUGAAUAGGUUUUGUAAAUUGUGUUGAUUAGACGCUGGCCUCACACAAUCACCCGGCUCAUGCAGCUAAUUGUAUUUAUCGUGGCUGGAUUCAUUUGAAAGAUCUCCAACAAAUAUUGCACUAUCACCGCUUCAGUUAUUUCAAAAGUACAGCCUCGAAAAAUAACAUCUUUAAUUUUGAGGUUAUUGUAUGAUUCCCUCAGAGGAAUCGUUAGUUGAAUGCAUCGGUGAUUUGAUGUAUUCUGUAAAAAUAAGUGGCAAAAAUCGAUGUAGUUUAGAAGUAGGACUGGUAUAAUAACUUACAUAGCAAAACAGUUAUUUUCAUCUCUUUCAUCCCCUUUAACUUUAACAUAGUAUUCCUACCUUAUUGUUUUAGUUAAAUGGGUCAUUAUGUUUCAGUACAGCCGGGGGUCUCACAAGAGAACAACAGAGGCUGAGAUACUCUGACUCUCAAGCAUGGGUGAAGAUCCAGAAACGCUGGCAACCGCAUUUCCCAUAAUGCACCUCAGUAACAUCAUUGGCAUCAUCAGGAGUUAGUCUUAAUCAUUAAACAGCAGUUUGCACAGGCUUAGUUAUUACUCCCUGUGGUGAGUAAACAGAACUUUAUGAGUUCGUUUGAUUGUGCCCUGAUAAAAUUCCUCCAUGUUUGCACAAAAUGACAAUAUUUUAAAAUUAAAAUGAAUAAUUCUCUUAAAGGCACAAUUUCUUUCAUGAUGACAUAGAUUUUUUUUCUUUUAAGCAGCUAUUUUCUUUGUGCUUCACACAGUAACUCCUGUGUCUCUUCAACGCUUGCCAUGAAAGGUAGUUGUACGUUUGCUUUUGCCUGCUGUAUCACCAGUUUUCCCAGAGAAGCUGUACAUAUUUGAAGACAGUGAUAAUAAAUUCCUUUUUGCUUGACACCAUA